CUGGGAGAGGCAGGAGAGAGCCCGGCUGGGCGCCCGGCCUUCCCUCCCCCGGCGCUCUCGCAGGACCCCCCGGCGCCCCUCCGCACGCCGCCCGGAGGGCGCGGGACCGAGGCUCGCAACAUGGAGUGGGGUUACCUGUUGGAAGUGACCUCGUUGCUGGCCGCCCUGGCGCUGCUGCAGCGCUCUAGCGGCGCGGCGGCCGCCUCAGCUAAGGAGCUGGCGUGCCAGGAGAUCACCGUGCCGCUGUGCAAGGGCAUCGGCUACAACUACACCUACAUGCCCAACCAGUUCAACCACGACACGCAGGACGAGGCGGGCCUGGAGGUGCACCAGUUCUGGCCGCUGGUGGAGAUCCAGUGCUCGCCCGACCUCAAGUUCUUCCUAUGCAGCAUGUACACGCCCAUCUGCCUGGAGGACUACAAGAAGCCCCUGCCUCCCUGCCGGUCGGUGUGCGAGCGCGCCAAGGCCGGCUGCGCGCCCCUCAUGCGGCAGUACGGCUUCGCCUGGCCCGACCGCAUGCGCUGCGACCGGCUGCCCGAGCAGGGUACUGUAGUGUCCACGAACGGCAUUUUCAGUUAUAAGGAAGAAGUUCGAGGGCAGUUCCCGUAG